UCUAACUGAUUCACGAAGUAAACAAAAAUAAGUCUUUAUAUAAAAUCAGCUCUGUGACAAGACAUAUAUACACACGAACUAAAAGUGUUCAGUCGAAUUGAAGAAAGAAGAAGUUCAUGAUGACAGAACAUAGACAAUAUAAGAAUAUUGUGGAACAUUUUAAUUGUCCAAUUCAUUUGGGAAAAUUACGUGAUCCUAGGAUACUUGCAUGUGAGCAUUCAUUUUGUGCCGAAUGUUUGAAUGGAUGUAUCGAGACUGCCCAAACUUCAAGGAAAGAUGGAAUGUUCGAAUGUCCGGUCUGUAGGACGAAACAUCAUGUACCAAAGAGUACAAGCCGUGACUGGGCCCGAGGGUUUCCGAUUGACGCGUUCUGUGUCAUUCAACUUCAUACGCUCUCACAGUAUGAACAGUCGGCCGUUUGUGAAAGACACAUACAGAAAUUUAAGGAAUACUUCUGCUUUCAUCAUAGAGAACUUCUUUGUUCAGACUGUGUUAUAGAAGGUCACACGAAAACACCUUGUUCAUGCGGAAGUUUACAAGAUUCAAUUCUUGAAGUUCGUCUACAAAUAAAAGAAUUAGUCGGAAAACUUCGACUACAAGAAGAGCGGGCGCAGAGGAUUAUGGACUCAAAAAUUGCGUCUUCUCAUUCGGAAGACCUUUUGAGAAAAAUUUCUGAAGUUGAGAAAACUUUGACUAAAUUCUACAAAACAAUGAAAGCGAAAAUAAAAGAAUCAAAACAAAGGGUCGUAGAAAGUACGAAAAUCUCGCAUUCAGAUCGAGAUCAUCUUGCAACAAUCCAAUCAUUGAUUAGUAAAACGAAAACCCACGUGGAAGGUGUGAUAAGGCCGUCAAAAUCUAAACGAGCAGACGGUGUCAAUGAAAUUCUCAGUAUUUGGACACCCCUGGAACACGAAACUCAGAACUUUGACAAAGCUCUUGAUGACAUUGAAACUCGUCCAUUUUGUGUAAAUGUUAAAGCCGAUGAAGAAUUUAUAGAUUUCAUUUCAUUUGACAAGAAUCCGCUCAUUGUGGCAACAGAAUCAAAUGUUCAUCCGCAAACACCUUCAAAAGAUAAAUCUUUGCGCAAAUUUGAUCAACAAUCUCUAGUUAUAGAGGUGGAGCAAGAAUCUCCAAGAUCCAUUGGUUCACCAGAAGCGACGUCUAUUCCAAGUCCAAUGAUGGUCAGAAGAACUAUAACACUAGCAUCUCCUGUGAAAUCUAACCAGCCGACACUGUAUUCCUUAAGCAGACGACCCGUUACUCAUGACGAGAUUACACCGAGAGCCCAGAUGAUACGUCAUCAAUCACCUUCUAGACUGGCACAGAAUGCAAGGUCACAAAGUCAUUCUAAUAUCUUCCCAAAAGUUGGAACAGGGGAGCUCAUUUCUAAGGACUCCGGAAAGAACUUGAAAGACAAUGCAGCUAGAUUACAAGACGUUUUGCCUGUAUCAAACUUUGAGCUUCCAUGUGGCGAUAUAGUUCUAGUCAAUAAUAAUCUCAUAACACUUACUGAAACAGCCAUUCAAAAGUUUACGCUUGACUACAGAUAUAUAGAAAGUAUCCACAUACGUUGCCCAUGGAGACUAUGCGCUAUGCGAGAUGAUGUCACCAUUGCUGUCAACCACAAUACUCGUUUCAUCUCAAUCGUAAGUACGUGUCCAGCACUUACUGUACUGUACCGGAUAGAGACAGAAAAACCUUACUCUCAGAUUUGCCACAUGCGGACACAAAUGAUUGAGGAUCGAUUUGGAAGGACAAAAUAUCAUGAACAUUUCGCGCUUUCCCAUACGACAGAUUUGCGCGCGGAUUGCAUAGAUCUACUGAAAGUAUCUUACGAUAGGAACCCAUUUAGUAAUUUCACAGCUAAACACGUUACCAAACUUGUACCGAUUCGUACAAGAACUUUAAUCGGAAGUGAUAAACAUUCAGUUGUACGCAGCCCAAACGCUCUUGCGGCAACUUCCGAUGGCAAGCGUCUAAUAGUCGGCGGGGAAGCAGCAGUAGUCUGUGUCAGGAAAACGGGUGAAAUCGUCUGGACGCGUCCAGUUGUACGGUUUGUAGCAAGCGUCUGUUGCGACAAAGGGCUAGUAUACGUCUGCAUAGAAAAUGAGCGGAAAUUGAUGGUCCUGGAUGAAGCUGGGAACAAUCUAUGUGAGAAUAUUAUCCCUCUAGGGUGCGAUAUUGUUAGACCAAACAGGGUUUCCGUGGAGAAGAAACAGAUGAUUGUUAGGGAGUUUAGUGAAAGUGACUGGAAAAGCACUGUGCAUGUAUUCACAUUAGUAUUUGACUGAUUUUAAAGUACACUGCAUUGAUUUAAUACUAGAAAUAUACAUGUGUUCCUUUGAAGUUACAUUGUAGUCUGUCACUAUAUUUAUAAACAGAAUUAUUCAAAGACAUUUUACAAAAAAAA